UUUUCCUGCUGGGGCAGAGCAUGUGUUGGUCUCAGAGCAAAGACAGUUGCUUACAAGAUGCAGAGCAAAACUACCGUACAGCUGGGAAGCAGAAGGAUUUUGGAGUUUCUUUUUAAAAUUUUAUGCAGCAGAACUCAGUGGGACACUUGGGAGUCUGAGGUCUUAAUGAUAAAUAUGAAUUUAGAUUCCAUUCAUCGGUUAAUUGAGGAAACACAGAUCUUCCAGAUGCAGCAGUCAUCAAUUAAGUCACACUGUGACAUGGUGGCACCUGCCUCACCCACCAGGGAUACCUAUAAUACCUGCUUCCCAUUUUAUGGGCUACAGUCUCAUGCUGCUCACAAUUUAUGUGCACAUUCAUGUAACACCAAUGAAUGGGAUAUUUGUGAAGAACUUCGCCUCCGGGAACUUGAAGAAGUCAAGGCCAGAGCUGCUCAGAUGGAAAAGACCAUGCGGUGGUGGUCGGACUGCACUGCCAACUGGAGAGAAAAAUGGAGUAAAGUUCGAGCGGAAAGGAACAGUGCCAGGGAGGAAGGAAGACAACUCAGGCUAAAACUAGAGAUGGCAAUGAAAGAAUUGAGUACACUGAAAAAGAAACAGAGUUUGCCACCUCAGAAGGAGGCAUUAGAAGCUAAAAUCACCCAGGAUCUGAAGCUUCCUGGUUUCGUAGAAGAAUCCUGUGAACAUAGAGAACAAUUUCGAUUUGGUUUUCAAAUGUGUGAGUCUGUCAGAGAGUGUUUAGUAAAAAGACAAUUUUCUACAAAGGAGGAAACAAAUAAUAAGGAAGAAGGAGCGGUUAUUGAUUCUUUAAAAUUAAAUGACGAGAUGAAACCUAAUCUAGAUAGUGUUGAUUUAUUCAAGAAUGGUGGCUCUGGAAAUGGUGAAAUGAAACCUGGGCUGAAACUGAAAGCAAUAAAUCUGCCUUUGGAUAAUCAAGUAACUGAAAUUUCAGCUUUGCAGGUGCAUUUGAAUGAGUUCCAAAAAAUCUUAUGGAAAGAAAGAGAAAUGCGCACAGCUUUGGAAAAAGAAAUAGAGAGACUAGAGGCGGCUUUGUCUCUGUGGAAAUGGAAGUACGAAGAACUGAAAGAAUCAAAGCCCAAAAAUAUGAAAGAGUUUGACAUUCUUCUUGGUCAACAUAAUGAUGAAAUGGAGGAACUAUCAGGCAAUGUGCAGGAAGAAUCUAAAUCUCAAAACAGCAAAGAUAGAGUGAUUUGUGAGUUAAGAGCAGAGCUAGAGAGAUUGCAAGCUGAAAAUACCUUGGAGUGGGACAAGAGGGAAAUACUUGAAACAGAAAAGCAGGGACUGGAGAGAGAAAAUAGAAGGCUGAAGAUCCAUGUGAAAGAAAUGGAAGAGCUCUUGGAUAAGAAAAAUAGAUUAAAUGCAAACUCUCAAGGUCCUGAUUUCAAGAUGUCACAAAUUGAUCUGCAAGAGAAAAACCAGGAAUUGUUGAACCUUCAACAUGCCUACUAUAAACUAAGCAGACAAUACCAGGCAAAGAUUGCAGAACUGACUCAUGCCAACAACCGAGUGGAUCAAAACGAGGCAGAAGUAAAGAGACUAAGAUUACGAGUGGAAGAACUAAAGCAGGGACUCAACCAAAAAGAAGAUGAGCUUGAUGAUUCCUUGAAUCGGAUUCGUAAGCUCCAGCGGUCUCUGGAUGAACAGAAAGAAAGAAAUGAAAAUUUACAGACUGAACUCAGGCACUUACCAAACUGAUGAUGCUUCGGCUACAUGACUGACCCUUCGAAAUUUAAAAGUGGAAUACAAAACAUAAAGACUGCAUUUUCUGAUUGUCACCCUGGCUCUGUUAUUCUCUGUUCUAUGGCAUUGCUAGCCUCCCAGCUUAACUAUUUGUAGAUUAUAAGUGUCAAGUAAUAUUCUUCUUCUAUGCAAAUAUUUUCCUCAUUUUAGAUAACCUAAGCAUUUAAAGUUAUAAUCCAUCAUUGAGACUUUUCUAUCUGUAUGUUUAAUGAUUUAUAUUGUUGUCUCAAUAAUUAGCUUUAUUGUUAUGAUUUUUAUCAUUUUCUAGCCUAUAUUAUGUAGAGUACCAUGGUUCUUUCAUUUUUAAAUUAUUACAGCCUUUUUAUCAGAUUGGAAAUGCAAAUGCCCUAUAGAAUGUCAUAUGACAUAUCAUGUUUAUACAAGAUUUGAAUAAUUUUAGACCUGUUUAUAUUUUGCUUUAUAAGAAGAACACACUUGAAUGUGUUUGGUUGCAUUUAUGUAUAACGUUUAACCAAUGAGUAACUGUGGCUUUCAUUCCUCUACCUUCCUAUUGGAUAGCAGGAUACUGAGCUCAGCCACCACAGAGCUGAUUCUGGAAGUUAUGUCCAUCUGUACUGUCAAAUAUGAACAUAAAGCUCAUCAUAUGCUUAUAAAAUUAUCCUAUUAAGAACCAUAAAAAUAUUUAUAAGCAAGACCUAAAAAAUGAGUUGCAUGCUAAGAAUUAAGCCUGGUAACCAAGUGAUCUUUGCCGUGCAUUUGAUCCCCGCAAUAGGUAGGAGGUGGCCUGCAGCAAUAUAUCUCAACAUGUAACAAUGCACUUGGCAGCAGAUGUUUAAAGACAGCCAGACUUAGUUACUUCUUUCGUAUGCUGUCCACUGCACUCGGUAGGUUUCAUGGGGUGGUAUUAUCGCUACUAUGUCAAUGAGAAAAUAAAGGUUCCUAGAUGUUCUGGAACUUGUUCAGUUUCAGAUGAUUGGAACAUUGUGGUCUUGGCUUUCAAGUACGUGUCUACCAGAUUCCACAGACCCUUUUCUGUCCACUUUGUCACCUACAACUCUGAGCUCCAAUAUAAAGACUUCACCAUAUUUGAAAGAGUAUAGUGGAAAGUCUGAUGCUCAAUUCACAUUCAAAAGAGUUGCCUCUGUGACAGUAUAACUGCUGAAAUAAAGAAAUCUCCUUUUGAGUCAGGGUGUUAUUUAAUUAUUGCAAAUCUCCUGUCAUAGAUCCGAUACUUAAGAUAAAAAAUUAGGCUCAGGUCCUUACCUAUGGUCUUGCUCUUUACAGUACUUUUAAACCUAUAUAAUUUACAUUCAACAUUUACACAUACAAAAUUCAUAUAGUCUUUCAAAACUAAGAUUGCAUAAUAAUCUUAUGGCUUGAAAUUUUAAGUAUUACAAUAUAAACAGCAGAGACUUCAUGUUUAUGAUAAUUUUUAAUAAAUGGCAUCAACCUUUGCAUUAUUAUUCCAUGGUGUUUUGUAUUAAUUUACAUCACAUUUAUUUUUAUUUUUGAAAUUUUACAUUGCAUGUCAUUUUUAUAUGUAAUUGGUUUAAAGUAAGGUUUAAAAUAAGAUUUUUUAAAUAGAACUUAGCAGAAAAUAUUAAUCACAUUCAGUUUAAAAUCAAUUUAUAUGCUUUUUUCAGAAAAAAAUUCUGAAAAUCAAUGUAUUUUUUCCAACAGAGAAAUUUUUGUUAUUGAUAGAAAGUAUAAAUAACUUUAAUAUUUAAAGCAUUUUUAACAUUUUUUUUUUAAAAAACAUAAGCCAGUGAUUGGCUUGCUUAUUUCAAAUCUGACCAGUGAUCUACUUACUUCAGUAGUAUGAUAGUUAAAUACAAACCAACAUUCUUUGGCACUGGCCAGACACAAAUCCUCUCUUGUCUUCCCUAUGGCAAAGAGUAACUUAUUAUUUUCAAUGCUAAUGUGAAGUCCUUGUUAAUGUCAUCAACACACACACACAUAAACACACCACGAAAACACAGAAAACAUCAAUAACAAAAAACCCUAUAUGUUUGAAAAACUUGUUUUUUAAGCCACUAUUUUAUACUCACUUCCGCUUGGAAAUGUCAAAAUGUGUUGUGGUUAAGUUGUUUGUAAACUAGAACCAAGGGUUUCAUCUAGCUUCUUGUAAGCAGCACAGUGUUAUUUUUAGCACUCUUUCUGGUAUUGUUAAUCAAGACAUUCUUAACUUCAUUUUUCUUCCUCCAUCAAAUAAAAAAAGAAAAUGUGAGGGAUGGUGUUAUAUUUGCACUACAUGAAACUAUUCUAAAGGAAAUAUCUCCAAAAAACAAACCUUACAGAAUCACAGUCUUUGUGUUCAUCAACUCUAAAUGAUACUAAUAAAAACACUAAAGAUUAUUCCAAUACUAUCUUAAUUGUAUCAAUAAUCUCUACUAAAUUUAGAACCUACAGUAAGCAUAGAUUUGAGAGUUCACACUUGGUAUAUUACUUACAAGAUGUGUGACUUUGGGGAGGGUGUUACAUUUAGCAUCUGCUUCAUUAUCUACUGUGUGAAUAUCACAUCUACAUCAAAUUAUUUUGAUAGUGAAAUGGAUAAAAUAUAUAAUAUUUAGCAUAAUUGCUAGGGCAUUAUAUUAACUCAAAACACUUUUCUUUGUCAUUGAUUAUUCUGAAGACAAAAACUUGUCUUACAUCUCAGUCAAAAGCUGGUAAAGAUAUUUGAUUGUUUUACGGGAUUAUGAUGAAUAAUGUUCUUAAAGGUUUUUACUUUAAAAUUAGGCCAUACAAAUGUAUUUUAAAGUAUCCAUAAUCUCUUACUGAAUUUAAUUCCAUAUUUAUAAAACAGUAUUUUAAUUUUAAAAUCAACUACCUAUGACUAUUUAGCUAAAUAAUUGACUCAUUCAUGUAGAUUUAAUUUUUAAUUCUACAGAUGGAAGAAUUCAUACAGAGAUAUACAUAAAAUAUAAUAGAAGGCUUACUUACAUUACAUAUAUCUGAAAGAUAUGUAAGACUUCUGUAUCUACAAUAGAAUCAACAUUGUUGAUAUAAGACAUUAAGGAAGUAAUAUCUAAUUAACAUAUGUAUUUUGUCCUCAGCUACUAUGUGACCUAUUAGGGCUUUUCACAGAAGAAAACCUACAUGUAUAAAAGAAAAGGAUUUGAGUUUGCCAGGCUCAUUCUUGCUGAAUCAGCCUACUGUGUGUAAUGCCAAUUUCUGCUGGUUUUUUUUUCUCCCUAAGGAAAAAUAUUGCUGAAUAAAAUGUCAAUAAUAUUUAAAGGGAAAUAACAGCCUUAACCCAAGUUUGGAAACUGUGAUUAAGAAAGUUUUUUGUCACAAAAUUAAAUAAAUAACAAGUAGAAAAAAGUAAUGUGAAGUUUAAAUAAAUGCGCUGAAAUUUCAAAAUAUAUCUUAAGCCAAAGAGUUCAUUAUGAAAUUACUAUAUGCUAGAAAUACAAAAAUAAGUGAAACUGUUCCUUGCAGAGAAAAUGUUUAGGAAAACUACACAAUGAAAAUGAUAACUGGUUAGUCUUUUUUGGAACGAGGAGGUGUCACAGCAAGUUUGUGCUACCAUAACAGAACACUAUCAGACUGAAUAAUUUAUAAAAUAAAGAAAUGUAUGCCUCACAGUUCUAGAGGCUGGGAAGUUCAAGAUCAAGGCACUGGCUAGUGAGGAUCUGGUCUUUCUGUUUCCAAGAUAAAACCUCAUCCUCUGGAGGUGAACAGCCUUGUUUCCUCACAUGGGAGAAGGUGGAAGGAUGAGAGGGUCAAAAUCUCUUGCCAAAUACUUUUCUUUUUUUCUUUUUUUUUUUUUUUACUUAUAUCAAAAGUAUCCUAUUUUUAUUUUUAUUUAUUUAUUUUUUCUAUUAUACUUUAAGUUCUGGAGUACAUGUGCAGAAUGCAGUUUUGUUACAUAGGUAUACACGGGCAAUGGUGGUUUGCUGCAUCCAUCACCCUGUCAUCUACAUUAGGUAUUUCUCCUAGUGCUAUCCCUCCCUCCAACCCACUGCUAUCCCUCCCAUAGCCCCCCGCCCCCGCAAUAGGCCCCAGUGUGUGAUGUUCCUCUCCCUGUGUCCAUGUGUUUCAUUGUUCAACACCCACUAAUGAGUGAGAACAUGUGGUGGUUAGUUUCCUAUUCUUAUGUCAGUUUGCUGAGAAUGAUGGUUUCCAGCUUCAUCCAUGUCCCUGAAAAGGACAUGAACUCAUCCUUUUUAUGGCUGCAUAGUAUUCCAUGGUGUAUAUGUGCCAUUCAAGUACUUUUUAUAAGGGUACUUUAUCCCGUAUGAGAAGCCCUCAUAGGUUAAUCAUUGCCUAAAGUCUUCACCUCUUAAUAUUAUCACUUUGGAAGUACCUGAACUUUGGAGUAGACUAAUUCAAAUGACAGAAAGAGGCAAUAAUUAGGUGAUAAAUAUUGGAAAAAGACGUUUGAGACAGAGGAACUACAUACUUUUUUUAGAAAGAGUGUGUAGCAUUAUAAAAAGACCUCAGGCUGGAGGUCAAAGUAGGAACCUUCUUUGAAAGUUUGCUUACCUGGUUUCCUCAUCUACAAAAUUGAGUUAAUAAUAGUUUUCUAUGCCCCUAUUCAGUAAAUCAUAACCAAUAUUGUCAAAAUUAUAUUGCAUUUUAGAUGCUAUAUCAGAUUUUUUUCAUAUCAUGCGAUGUAAUAAUUUUGAGGUAAAUGGCUUAGUGGUUUGAAGUAUUUGCUGAAAACUUUAUGCCAUAUGUUUUACUAAUCAACACAUUUAUUUCCUAAAUAACUAAUUUCAAAGAGAGGCAAAUAUUUUGAAAUAAAUCUGACCUGGGUUUAAGUCCUGACUUCCUCUUUGCUUGUGCGACUUGGAGAAGUGACAUGUUAAGAUUCAGAUGUGGGUGAAGGGGAGGAAGGCAGCAAAACACACUGCCAUGUGUGUACCUAUGCAACUAUCUUGCAUGUUCUGCACAUGUACCUCAAAACCUAAAAUGGAAUUAAAAUAAUAAUAAUAAAAUAAAAUAAAAAAGAUUCAGAUACCUCAUCCUAAACCUGAGGAAUACUUUGGCCCACUGUCUCUUUUCAAUUAACAUUUAUGAACUGGUAUUAUAUUCAUGUAUAGUGAAAAAAUAUGCAUCAAUUUUGUCCCAAUGUGCCUAUGUAAGCUUGUCUCUGACUCUAAUAUUCAAAACACAAAUAAUGAGGACAUUUUAUCAAAAGACUUGAAAAUAUGUUUCCUGGAAUGACUAAUUCAAAAUUACUAUCAAUAAUACCACACUACAUUCUAAGCACUUAUUUGAAGAAUUGAAGGAUUUUUCUUUAGCGUAUAUGAGAGAUGAUUAGUGGUGUAUACAAUAACAACACAGCAGACACAAGACAAAAUGAGAAGAGACACCACAGAAAAACAGGAAAUUGCAUGUCAAAUGUAUGGAAUGUGUGUUAUAAGCAUUUAGAGACAGAAUGAUGUAUGUGCAAUGAACAAGUUCAGAAAGAACUCGUGUGAGAAGGUGAGCUUGGCAUCUGCAGUUGAGUCAAAAAGUUUUGAAUAAACAAAAGAUGGGGACCAUUAGCAAACUCCUGAGGAUAAUGUACAGGGCAUGAUAUUAAGACAAGAGAUCGUUUCAGCGAGGCCUCAGGGAAAUUAUAAGGCAUGUGGUUGGGUGGAUAGGAAAUUGGAAGCAGAUGGUGGUUGUCAUAGGUUAUUCUGCUUCAAAGUUUGGGCUGGGCAUCUCUCGACAGGCUCGUGGGAGGAGAAGGAGAGAUACUUCCUCUGAAAAUAGGUGAGUUAACAGCUCUGAUUUACCUGGUCCUAAAAUGUUACAAUGUUUAUUAUCAGUUCUGGAAGCCACAGCUAACUCCUUUCUGAUUUGAAAACACUGCUGUGGCCGGGCGCGGUGGCUCACG